AUGCAGUUUGAACAAAUGAAAAUACGACUAAAUGAUUCAUUUCAGGAAACAGUUAAGAAUGUAAUUCCUCAGUCGGACAAUAAAGUUAAAAGUGUUUUAGAUUCAUUAUCAACUAAAAUUGGGGAUUACGAGAAAAGAGUUGAAAAUGCCUUGAAAUUAUUUCAUUCCACUAUGCGCCAAGACCAGCAACGAUUUUACGAUUCCUUUCAGGUAAAUGUUGAAAAUGUUCGAACUCAGUCUGAAAGAAAAGUCAUAAAUAUGUUAAAUUCCUUAUUGUUAAAAAUGAACGAAUUCAGCGAAUCUCACAGCAACAGAGAAAAUACUCUUGACCCAUUACAAUCUAAAGGAGUAGGUCCAAUCAUCGUAGAUAACGUCGAUUCAUUUCAUGGUUGGAAUAGGAAGCAAACUUGUUCAAGAUCUAAAUAUAGAAAAUUAGAUGGUUCAUGCAAUAACUUACAGCAUCCCACGUGGGGAAAGGCAAAAACGACAGAGAGAAGACUCGAGGAUGCAAGAGGAAGACCAAUGGAGGCUUACGAGGACGGAAGAAGUAUACCUAGAGGUUACCCACACCAUCUGCCAGAUGCUAGACUUGUCAGCAAUUUAAUAUCAGAUUCAGCAUUAGGUCCAGAUGACCAGUUUGAUAAUAUCAGAUCAGGAGAAGUUAUGGGUUUUGGUCAAAUCCUAGCUCACGAUUUAAUAGAGACUCAAAUACCGUCAGGUUUCGAUUGUUGUAAGAAAACAGAUUCUCAUUAUGGCAGUAUACAUGCCUGCUUCCCGUUACAUAUUCCAAAAGGAGAUAGUCGAUUUACACCGGGUUGUAACAGCUUUAGAAGAUCAACAGCUGUCUUGGGACGUCGAAGGGAACAGAGGAAUUUAGUAACCUCGUACAUAGAUGCUUCAUUUUUAUACGGGAGUAGUAAGGAACUAAAUAAAAAACUGAGGAAGCCAAACAGCUUUCUGAUGUUGGUAGACACGUAUAACCUGUUACCAACUGUUCACGGUGGAAGCGGAUGUCAGAUGUUUCAAAAAACUGAUCGAUGUCCAAUAGCAGGUGACGAAAGAAGUGCUGAAGCACCACAACUAUCUUUAAACCAUCUACUUUUUGUCAGACAGCAUAAUCGAGUAGCCAUUAGACUUCACAAUGUUAAUCCACACUGGAAUAAUGAGAAAGUGUUUCAGGAAACUCGCAGGAUCAUCAUAGCGCAACUUCAACAUAUAGUCUACAAUCAUUAUUUGCCACUUAUAAUAGGACCAAGUGCAGUGGCACGUUACGAGUUAUUAUCUACACGUCCAGGAUUUGACGAUGUAUAUGAUAGUAACGUUGAUGCGUCUAUUGUUAAUAGCUUUGGAGCAGCUGCAUGGCGUUUUGGACAUUCACUGAUAAUGCCAGAUAUAUCUGAGUUAGAAUCAGAUUUUAAAACCGUGAAAUUGCACACACUAGAAAACAAUUUAGAGAGUCCGCAUUUAUGGCAAGCACAUGCUGGUAGGACUGUGAAAGGUAUUACCAGAUGGCUUGCAGCAAAACCGGCCCAAAAAAUUGACAACUUUCUCAUCGAUGGACUACGUAAUAAGCUUUUCUUCAUAUCACAACCGCCAGGAUUCGACCUGUUUUCAUUAAACAUACAGAGAGGACGAGAUCAAGGCGUUCCUGCAUAUAAUGAUUGGAGAGAAUUCUGCAAUCUGAACAGAUUUGCAUCCUUUUAUGAGUUUGGAGAGUUUGCUUCGAGACUUUCACGUUUAUAUCGGUCUGUAGACGAUGUUGAUUUGUACAUUGGGGCUCUAUUAGAGAAGGGCGAAAACGGAGGUGUUGGUCCUACAUUUGCGUGCAUCAUUGGUAUUCAGUAUCAUCGUUUAAAAGUUGGAGAUAGAUUUUGGUAUGAGUCGAGUGACCGUACAAGUGGAUUGUCAGAAGAGCAAAUAUACGCUAUUAAAUAUUCUACCUUAUUUUCUAAAUUAUGGUGCAACAACUUUGAACAUACGAAGAUUCAACGUGACAUAUUUCAACUCCCAUCCAGAGCAAAUCCUCUUACCAGUUGUGAAGGACUCCCUGAACUAGACCUUGAUUUAUGGAGAGAAGAAAAAGCAAAGAAAUGAAAAUAUGGAAGUGUAUGACGCCGUUUGACAAAAUAAAUUCUUUGUUUUGCUUUUUUUCGUUUGCUGAGAUAAACAUUUUUAGGUGUGAAAUCAUGGCGUUUAUAAUGCAUUUUUAUUCCGAAUCAUAUAAAUUGAACAUAUCAAAAUGGUAUCUGCAAACGUCUUCAGACUGCUCAGCAAAGAGAAUCCGAAAUUAAUUCAGACACAAAGAAGACGUUACAUAUUCGGUUUAUUCAUUAAAAAAAGUAUAUCUUUCACUAUAAAUUGGAUUUUGCAGCAUCAAUGGAGUAAUACAAAUGGAAGUGUAGUGCCAGUACCGGAAAUAUAUAGGUACAAGGCUUAAUUACAUAGACAAUGUAUAACCCAUAUUAUUAGUUACAUGCAUAUAA